UUACAUUAUAGCAUUUCAGUGUCAGAAGAAGUACCCAUCUACCAUGGUGACGACCGGACAACUUAACAGCGCCUUGUCUGCCUGUGGCUACGGCCCAGUCGAUACAAGUGUUGCCAACGUUAUUGUCAACCAGAUCAACAAUAUGACUGGUAGUACCAACGAAGCAGCCAUGUUCCUGGCUCAGCUGAUUCACGAGAGCGGAGGAUUCCAGCAUCGUAGAGAGAUCAAUGGACCAGCCCUGAGCUAUGCCCCUUACUACGGCCGUGGCUAUAUCCAGUUGACCCAUGAUUACAACUACCGAUCAGCUUCGAUGGCAAUCUUCGGCAAUGAGAAACUCGUCAAUAAUCCCGAUAUGGUGUCCGACAGUGUGGAAAUGUCGAUGCGCGUUUCGGUUUGGUUCUGGGAGGCAAGAGUUCGUCCCGAAGGAGGACCUUCGAGAAACAACUUCGGACUGACCACCAAGGCGAUCAAUGGCGGUUUGGAACCUCCGGGCAGUGAUCUGGCACGUAGGCGUUAUAAUCUCUAUGUCAAGGUGGCUAAUGCUCUUGGAGUCAGAGACAUAGCCAGGGAGUAGUGUUGAUAUGCGAGUGAAAGUGAAAGUUCACAGGAGAAAAUACGCAUGAUACAAUUUCGAAGUUUUGAAUAAAAUAUUAAAAGCA